AUGCCAAACGAACCACACACAUUUUUACAAAUUUACUUCAUGGGUGGUGAGGACUCCGAAAGCGCACUCGCCAAUAGCGUGGAUGCAUGUUGUAGAUACAAUAACCUAAAUUCACCUUUUUCUAGACUAGUCGUCGGUGAUCUUAACUCUUUAUUGAAUGAGCACAAUGAAUUGUUGAAAUUAUUUAAAUCACUCAUGCACAAAUUACAAAGUGACAAUCACGAUAUUAUCAUCAAUUCAGAUAAAACACCAAAUCUAGACACAUUCGUAGAUUCAAUGCACCUGUUGUUGACGGAGUUGCUGAAUCAUGAUUGGCGACCGUACAGCUACGCGAGAAAUAAAUGCAUUUGUAUAAUACAAUUUAUAUGGCAAAACAAGAUAUAA